AUGAAGCAGAAGCGUGGACACGGCCGCGAAAUCGAGGACACAGAGAGCUCCGCUUCCUCUCGGAGUGUCGUUCAAGACGAAUACCUCGCUUCCCAAAGGAAGGCCUCCGGCUUCCCUGGACUUACGUAUUCUUCCGCUUCGCCUGCUCCAGAGCGUCUUUUGGGUCCGUCUCCGUCGCCGGGCACUUGCGCAGCUUCAGAGGUACUCUCUCGGUCCCCUUCACACGCAAAAUCUCUGCAUGCCCAGCACACGGCGCAACCCCGAGCUGUCGCGGCCUCAGAGCGCUCAUCAGGUGCGUCGUCCGACCCUGUGUCCUGUCCUUCCUCUGAUUCCCUUCGCGAGGAGCCCGCGGUGGUGAACCCAGCGCGGGGCUCUCCAGACGCGAAAGCCGAGGCGGGAAGUGCUUCCCACCUUUCUCCGCAGCCGCCGUCUGCAGACGUGCGAAGCCGCCCGCCGUCCACACCGGGAAACGGAGAGCCCGCGUCCCCGCUUCUCAAGUUUGGCGAUGAGACUCUCUCUUGGAUCCAGCGCCAGCAAAUGAAGUUGUGGAGCUUCUUUGCUCUCCGGGACUGGCGGGUCAAGACGCUCGUCCACGCCCUCUCUGCGAUGGGCGCUCCGGUCGACCUAAUUGUCGUGGACUGCGCACAAACGUCGGCCCGCGCGACGGCGUCUUCCCCUCCACAUCGAGGCGGCUACUCGCCAGUCUACCACACGGUGUGGUUAUGCGGCAACUGCUUCUGGUCCCCCUUUGAACUGCGUCGCGUCCUGCUGCACGAGCUCGUGCAUGCGUUCGAUUUCGCGCGGGCGGAAAUCUCGCCCGACAAUUGCAGGCACGUUGCGUGCACGGAGAUUCGCGCGUACAACCUGAGCGGCCAGUGCAGUUGGUGGGCGACGAAGCGAUGGGACGAAGACCAGUUUCAACGCAUCGAUCCUGCCUUGCUCAGACCGCGAGGCGGCGCCUCGACGAGGACGGGCGCGAGACAAAUGCUUCCCGAAGAGACGAGCAAAGGGGAAGGCCUUUACGGAGGGCCUGCGUGGGAAAACGGCCCGACCAGGCCAGAGCCGGCACAGGCGGCGGCACAGAGCGGAGAAGAUCGAAGGGACAACGAGGAAGGAGGCGAGUGGCGAACAUCAGCCCCGGAGUCCAGAGCGGGAGCGAGAACGUCGCCUUUCUUUUCAGGGGACGGACCUUUGCCCUGGCAAGAUACCAAACGCAAUCGCUGUCUCGUCCACAACGCUUUGAACUCACUUCGAGACCACCAACAGUGCAAAGCCCCGGGCCUGGCGGAAGUCGCAAUUACGGACGUAUUCCAGCGGUGUCUGAGGGACACGUGGCCCUUCAUGGCACCUCCAGAACGAGACAGCAAGUGGCGACCUUCUCGCAUAUGGCGUGACGGUUCGUCUGAUUUUUUCAAGAAAUAA